GAGGCUGACGUUUACAUUAAAACUAACCGCAUACCUGUCUAGCUUUCAGUUGAUUGCUUACAUACUGAAGGGACCGACUGGGAUGUUUUUAUGAUUUGUUUUUAUUUAUCUAGAGACAGCGCCCCACUACAGGAGUUUUUUACUGUGACUUUUGUUCUACGGGAGACACUGGCAGCCGUAUACUGGGCAGACAGAAGAACCUCAUUAAGUUAGAAAAACUAAGUUACAUUGUGACGCGCUGUCAAUAGCGAAACUGCCUGUAAAGCAGGUAUAUAAAACAGACAUAAGAAAAAGACACGGUCACUCUGACAAUGGCGAAGACCAUGCCCGUGUUCAGAUACUCGGUGAGUGGGGAAGAAGAAGUAGAUAGCUACACGGCGUCCAUCGAACUGUCCAACACAUGCAGACAAGUGUAUCUGGACAGGAGGAAGAACGCAGACAUAGCCAGAAAGAGACUGAAUCUUGAACGAAAUACAGACGAAAACUACAACAACAGAAAGAAGACUACUAUAGAUCACAAAAUGGAACUAUUGCGCAAAGAAAUGUCUUCCUUGAUAGAUCAGGACUUGGCACUGAUGAAGCAGCUGCUUACACUGAACGAAACAAUAGAGGACUUGAAAUGGCAAAGACGCUACGCAUCCAAAAAUUCUUUUGACUCAAGUAGUUAUCUUGUAGACGUUAGCUGCUCCUGCGAGGACUUGAACGAAACUGAAGACUUAGACGAGGACGACUGGCAACUUAGUGCCUCUUCACCGCCUUGUCUUUCCCUCGUGAAAAACUCACGCACUAAAAAUGUCCUCCUUGCUAAAGCGGAGAACGUUUCUUCAAAAACUUCUUGCUCAGUGCACGCUAAGAAAGACUCUGUAUCUAAAAGUGAAGACAAGUCCAGGAAGCAUGCAGACAGUGACCUCCGCUCCAGUUCAGUGAGCCUCAAGACAUCUCACGGAGAACAGAGUUCGGUGGAUUCCGGGAUUCACGAGCCAGACACUGUGAGUGUCGCUUAGCGUUUGUUCGCGGAGACCUUAUUUAUUCGAGGCGCCUGUUAUAAUGCGGUAUAUAACAGAGGCAAGGGCAGUGUAAACGAAAUAUAUUGAUAUUUCGUCAAAAUGAUAAUCUACCAGACAAAUCACCAUAUAACUAUUGGCCUGUACUGACUGAAUUUGUUGUUGUGUUUAAAAUGCUCAAACAUUUUUGAAGACGCUCAUGAUAUUUGAUGUCAAACAAAUGCGUCACGUUAUGACAGCAAUAACUCAGCAGUUUCGAAUGAAAGCUCAAAAUGUGUAUUUUGUACAAUUUGUAUAUACUGUUGAAUAUUAAAUAUUGAUAAAUUUGAAA